CCUUGAGCCUGGUUUGGUUUGAGAAACAGCCUGAAGGACUCCUGCGCCUGUCCCGACUGCUCCGAACACAACCCGGGCGAGACACGCCAAGGAAAAGACCCAUAGUGCCUUUUUUACGCACGGACUUAUGUUUAAAUUUGACAUCUUUGGAGACGGAUCCGUGCGCUAGAGCGUGUUUUUGGCGCAGCCUGUUGUUGGUGGACUACUUUACUUUUCUAAUCAAGGAGGCUAUUGGGCUACAUGGAUGAGUGAAGAGGAGCUGAGAAGCUCCCCCGCUGCUUUUAGAGAGUGAGGAGGAUUAGGCUGGAGCUCAGAGGAGGCACGACGGCACUCUCACUCGCCAACCGGAGCUAGAGCCAUGAGCAGGGCGCUAACGGAGCACAUCCACACGAGCUUCCGAGAAGAUGCCCCUCGUCCUCCGGUACCGGGCGAGGAGGGAGAGGCGCCAUGCUACAACCCAAGCCGCAAAAUGAGAGCCCAGAGCAAGGUUAAAGACAUCCCCACUCCUGGCUCCACGCCGCGGAGGAACGAGGAUGGACUCGGGGAACCAGAGGGCAGUGCGUCUCCGGACUCGCCCUUAGUCCGGUGGACAAAGUCUCUGCAUUUUCUUCUGGGGGAUCGAGACGGUGCUCACCUUUUCAGGACCUUUUUGGAGCGGGAGAACUGCGUGGACACUCUGGACUUUUGGUUUGCCUGUAACGGCUUCAGGCAAAUGGACUUAAAGGAUACCAAAACGUUACGAGUUGCCAAAGUUAUUUUCAAGCGGUACAUUGAGAACAACAGUAUAGUCGCUAAGCAGCUCAAACCGGCCACUAAGACGUUCAUAAGGGAUAGUAUUAAGAAACAGCAGAUCGACUCCUCCAUGUUUGACCAGGCACAGACGGAGAUCCAGUCCAACAUGGAGGAGAACUCGUACCAGAUGUUUCUCACCUCUGACAUAUACCUCGAGUACGUGCGCGCAGGCUGUGAGAACGCAGCGUACGUCAACCACAGCGGUCUGGGCAGUCUGAAACUGAUGUGCGGAUAUCUUCCUCCCCUUAUUGAGGAAGAAGAGUGGAGCUGCAGUGACCUGAAGGCAAAGACACUAGGGACUGUAGUUGGACUCUCUUCAAAAAACCUGAGGGCUACUGCAACGCUCCGGACAGCGGCUGAUGUGCUGCAGAAUAAUUGCAGGUCCAGUCGCAGAGGGGACCCUGCCAGCCCUUACUUUGUCAACUCUGGCUACAUCUUCGCCCCCGCCACCAGUGCCAAUGACAGCGAGAUCUCCAGCGAUGCCACCACGGACGACUCCAUGUCCAUGACCGAUAGCAGUGUAGAUGGGAUUCCUCCGUACAAACUGGGCACCAAGAAGCAACUCCAGCGAGAAAUCCAUCGCAACCUCAAGAUCAAUGGCCAAGUUUCUCUCCCACACUUUCCUCGGACGCACAGACUGCCCAAAGAGAUGGCACCCGUGGAGCCCUCGGCCUUUGCCGCGCUGCUUAUCACGAGGCUGGAGAAGCUGAAGCGAGAGCAGGACACUAUGAGCUCGCUGGAGGAGCGGCUACAGCUGAUCCAAGAGGAGGAAGAGAGAGAGGAGAGCGGGGACCUCUCCAACAGUACUGCCAUGCACCAUCCUCUGUUGCCCCCUCACUGUCAGGAGGAGGACCCUCAGGCCAUCCUGGACGAGCACCUGUCUCGUGUCCUCAAGACCCCCGGCUGCCAGUCGCCCGGUGUGGUCCGCCACUCUCCCCGCUCCCACUCCCCAGAUCGGACUCCCUCGUCUGGGACAGGCUCUUUCUUCAGCGCUUACCCCGGGACUCCCAAGCUCCACCCGGCAGGCCGGCAGUCCACCAAGCACAUCCACCACCACUAUAUCCACCACCACCACGCUGCGGCCAAGACCAAGGAGCAGAUAGAGGCUGAGGCAGCUCAGCGCGUGCAGUGCCUCUGCCCUCCAGGGGGCGCCAACUACUCCGACUACACCCCUGCGCGCUGCAGCACUUUGUCCAAGCGGCCGCUCAAGGCCACAGAAGACCCCCUAUCCCCACCGCACCUUCCUCUUGACGUCACAGAUCGCUCCCAAAACGUGUGGCAGUGGAUCCUGGAGAGUGAGAGGCAGGGCAAGCACAAACCACACAGCACUCAAGGCCUGAAGACACUACCUGGCCGGACCCACACCUCCUGGGGUGGAGGCGGGAUUGGCAGCGGGGCACACCUGCGUGGCCACCACCCGGGACACCCCUUCAUCCAGGACCCCACCAUGCCUCCCCUGCCCCCGCCCAACACCCUUGCCCAGCUGGAGGAGGCCUGUCGCAGGCUAGAAGAGGUCUCUAAACCCCCCAAACAAAGGCAUUCAACUGGAGCCAACAGCCUUCAGAGAGAGAGAAGUCACCCCACAGCAUCGCUUUCUUCUGGAGGCAGCUCACUAACCAGCCCUGGACUCCAACCAGACGAGUCAAAAGAGCUUGUGGUCACUUACUUCUUCUGCGGCGAGGAGAUCCCUUAUCGAAGCAUGCUGAAGACUCACUGCCUCACACUUGGACACUUUAAAGAGCAACUUAGCAAGAAAGGCAACUACCGGUACUACUUUAAAAAGGCGAGUGACGAGUUUGAGUGCGGAGCCGUGUUCGAGGAGGUGUGGGAGGACGGUGCGGUGCUGCCCAUGUAUGAGGGCAAGGUCCUGGGCAAAGUGGAGAGGAUGGACUAGGGCCAUCCACCAGAACUGUCCGACCGAAAGCUAUGAGACGACCAAGAGACUCUAAACACUCGGAACGUUUUUAUUUCUUAAUAUUAAGCUAAACAGAGUUAAUAUAUCCAGCACAAGAGGAGUGUGUGAAGGAAGACGAGCCAAUGAAGUAUGCCGAAACCCAGAGGGACCAAUACCCCUCUCUGACUUUCUCAACCAAUCAGCCUUAGAAACAAGGAGGAAGGACUUGAUUAAGGAUGAUGAUUGGAGGGCACUGGGAGAAGCCCCGCCUCCUGAGAAUAACCACUGAAGACUGUUGAUGAGACUGUGGUCUAAUGCGCCAGAGAGCGCUUACGACGGCGCACCAACCUGCUCUUAACACUCCAACUUUGUACGUGUGCAUAUACAUACUUGCAUAUAUGUAUAUAUACAUGUAUUAUAUAUUGAUGCUUUGUCAUAAGUUGAAAGUUUUUAUUAAGUAUUUAUUGAAAACCCCUGUCCCUUCUAAUUGUUUGUAAACCUGUGUUCCCCUCCCCCUCUCCAGCCAAUGGGCAAGCUGCUUUGAAUGUUGGGAGAAUACUGUGGUGAUAUUUAGUUUAUUUUGACUUUAGUUUUUCAAAGGACAUGACACUAGCCUAGCACCUCCCAUAGCCUUUUAGCCCAGCGUGACCCAAACUAACGGCCUGUACAUGGCCCGUUGUCAUUCUCCAGUCAGAGCCAGUCCUAUAUGCUGCUGAUAGUUGGUCACAUUAACUUUAGCACACAAGCUUGUCUCCCACUCUCUUCCUCCAGCCACACAGCCCAGUAGUUUUGUUGUGCCUUUGUUGGUAAACCAGGCAUUGCACAGGGGGAAUGACCACAGAUAACACAGAGUGGAGACCUGCCACCAUCUAAUAAUGCCAGUGUUUACAGCCGCACACCAAAAUAACUCGUGCUAACAAGAACGUUUGGGUCACUCCGAACGACUUCUCCAGGAAGUCGGCUAGUCUGUCAAAAAGUUCAAAAAGACAAAAAGUGAAGAUUCUGGCUCUGGAUCCUUUGAAUGUUUGACAGUAACUUGAGCAGAGCCCGUUCACAGUGUAAUUAUGCAUCUGCAGUGAUAGUACAUGCACACAUGAACUGUCUGUGUCCUGGACUACAGCACCUGUGCCUACAUGGACCAUACCAUGUGCUACCCUGUUUCAGGGUUUAAUAUAUAUCCCUUGGUUUUCAGAAGGGUCUUAUGUUUAAAAGAUAUUUUUAUGCUUUUAAUAAUAUCCUGUAAUCAUGUUUUUUGUUUUGUUUUUACACCACAGCCUUUUUAAUUUCAUGCUAUCUUAAGUGUAAAUUAUACAUUAUAUAAAGAGUUUCAUUUAAAGAUUUACAUGGA